ACGGGAGAGAAGCCCUAUUCAUGUUCAGAAUGUGGUAGACGUUUUGCGGAAAGGUCGAAUCUUGCUAGACAUCGAAGCACACACGUUGGGGAGAAGCCGUAUUCAUGUUCGGAAUGCGGCAAACGGUUUUAUCAUAAAUCGUCCCUUAUCACGCACAAAAAAGUUCACACAGGGGAGAAGCCAUAUUCGUAUUCUAAACUUCUUCACCAGAGGACUCACACAGGGGAGAAGCCGUACUCCUGUUCUGAAUGUGGGAAAUGCUUUACCACAAAAUCGAGUCUUGCUAGGCACCACACGGCUCACACGGGUGAGAAGCCUUACACAUGUUCCGAAUGCGGCAAAUGCUUUGCGGACAGAACCCACUUUUAUUGCCACCAGAAGUCUCAUACGGGGGAAAAGCCAUUUUCCUGCUGCCAAUGUGGGAAAAGCUUCGUCUUUAAAGCCAGUCUAGUGAAACAUCAAAGAAAUCGCACGUGUGUUGUCCAGUUUUCCUGUUCGGAGUGCGGCAGGGAAUUCAGGAGGAAGUCUAGUCUGGUCGUACAUAAGGAAAUGCACAAGAGACUCCAUCUCAUGUUUCAGCAGAAUCACAACGAGGAGAAACCUGAACCCAAGGCAGAUGUUAGCCACCUGUCCUGA